UAUACACCUCAAAAUGGAUAUCUCGACAUAUUCAUUGUUUCAGUGAACAUGGCGUUAUUCAAUUCGGUUAUAUUGUUGUCAGUGUUGACCCUUAUUGGUAGCACCCUCGUAACAUCUUGCAAGGAUUAUCCUACGCUGCCGCCCAUCCGUCCCGUCCCUUGCAGGGUGGAUAAGUGGGAAGAUGUUUUUCGAGAUCGCCAAUCACCGGUUAUUCCUCUCAAACAUUGGGGAAAUAAAAGCUACUGGAUUGGCACCACCUUUCAGGCAACUUGGUUUGAAGCAAUAGACUUUUGCCAUCAAAUGCAUAUGCAGCUACUUACCAUCAACUCAGCAGAAGAGAAUGAAGUAAUUUACGGAUAUAUAAAACAGGCCAACAAAGGUUUUGAAUAUUGGACAGCAGGUACGAGACUAGUCGACGAUAUUAAGUACGUAUGGUUCCCCUAUGGCGAUUUAGUAAGGUACACAAAUUGGUCAAAAGGUCAACCUGAUUUUCUAACUGGAGAACAAUGUUUACAACUUUGGAAAGCUGAUGAACAGUUACAAUGGAAUGACAGACCAUGCGAUGUCCGCUUUUACUUCAUUUGCGAAAGAUACGACUGUCAAAAUACUGGAAGAGGACCACCAAGAUUGUAAUAUUCUUAAAAAUAAUAAACAUUAUCAUUAUCAGUA